AUGAUGGGAUACCACGCUGUGGGCGGAUCGCUGAAACGAACAUGUCUGCAGAAUGGGAAAUGGAGUGGAACCAAGCUUCAGUGUGAAGGUAAAAAAGGGAUGAUUCCUUGAAUUGAGAAAUCUCAUUUCGUGUAUUUUUCUGGUAGCGGGGCUGACGUAGUUGUGAGAGGACUCACAUUACAUUCCACCACCGUGGCUUAGGUUCGAUUCCCCGACCCGGCGCAAAUGUGGAUUGAGUUUUUUGAUGGUUAUAAUCCUUGCUCCGAGGGUUCUUCUCCAGGUCCUCCGGUUUUCCUCACUCCGCAAAAACCAACAUUCCAAAUUCCUGGUCGACCUAAGAAAAUAACCUAUGACGCAUCUCUGUUAACAAACCACUUAUUUUUUAUUCUAGCUAUCACGUGCCCACCGUUUUCCAUUCAAUCAGAAGGACUAAUUAUCGGCCCGGCAUCCUGUACCAAUGCAACUGCUGUUCUAAAUUAUAACUCAGAGUGCUGGUUCUCCUGUAAGAAUGGAUAUCUACAGGGUGGGCCUGGAAUCAAGACUUGCAAUCAGAACAACGAUUGGUCUCCUCUAGGAAAUCCUUCUUGUAAAGGUUUGUCUUCAUUACCAAUUUUCUUUCAAAGGUGAACACAAUUUAACGACCUUCGACAAGACAUUUUAACCAACAUUGUGCAACAGCGCACUCAUAUCAGUUCCAGUGUUACGAGCUUGGAGUAAAGUAAAUGCCAAAGACGACAAAAAAGAGUCAUCCUUAAUUAUUGUGACUACAAUAAACAUGCAUACAACAUGCAAAUUUCAACAAAGGAGAAACAAACCUGUUUAUUGCUACUAUUCCUUUUUUUCGGGGGGCAGCAGUUUGUUGAAUACCCUCUCCAAUUAAAGGAAAAUCUUAAACCAUCGAGUUCCUCUAUGAUCAUUAAUCACUUUGAGAGUCGAGCAGCAUGCAAAACUGAAAUCAAACAGUUUUAUUUGAAUACCAACAACUGCAUUGCGAACAAAUAAUAUUCUUUUCAAGGAUCAAUAUCAGUAUCUGGGCAACUUCCCACCUACCACUCCUAACCCGACAUUAAGCCUAACUUGUCAUUAAUUGACUGUUGUUGAGUUUGGGGAGAGAUAGGUGGGCAGUUGCCCAGAUACUGACAUUGAUCCCAUUUCAAAAGCCAAUAGCCUUUCGGGGUCUAAUUCAAAAUUAACAUUUAGAAAUAACCUUGCACCGAACAAUUUCUUCAGAGUAAAUUUUGCCUAGAAACCUAAAAAACGGGAAAAUCUAUUAGCGACUAUAAAACUACUUGAUAGCACACUAGGCUAAACGGAGAGUUUUUUCAUAACUCUUGUGCAUUUAGUAGUUUUCUCCCUUUUUGAGGAAGCUACGUUAGCUCACCUGAAGUUGACUCCACGUGUUAUUCGAUACUCUAUUUUUAUAGUUGUCUCUCUCAAAUUUGUUUAUGUUUUAUUUUGAACUGUUUUUCAGAUGUUUCCGCGCCAGUCUUUGCAGACUGCCCCGCCAACAUUGUCAUCACUGCUGAUAGAGGUGAAACGUCAGCCCAAGUGACUUGGGUCCAUCCGACGUGUGCAGACAAUUCUGGCCUUGUUCCAAACAUUACACAGUUUGGAAAACAACCUGGGAACACAUUUUCCGCUGGGGAACACAAUAUACGAUACUUAGCAUCUGAUAGAUCAGGGAACAUUGCCGAAUGCAGAUUCAAGAUUUUUGUUCAAGGUAAAUGUUUCUCAAAAUGGGCAGAUGUCACAAUGAUCCCUGAUAUGGUUAAAAUUGUCAGCCCUGUGGUCUGUUAUGUGUUGAUAAUAACAAAAAUAUUAAAUUUAAAAAGCUGAGAAAAGAGAGAAAGUAUCACUUUAAUCGUUCCAGUAAACCCCAGUUUUAAGACACCUACCCCUUUUUUUACCUUAACCACUCGGCAGAAAAAUGCCAAGUGGGAAAAAAUUUACUUACUAGCAGGGGAAAUUUUAAUUAUGUAAAUGUGAAAGAGUGGGACUUUUUUUACGUUGAGAGUAUAUUUAAACAGGAUAAAUUGAAUGUAGUAAUACUUUAAAUCUAUGAGAAAAAAGGAAGGCACGCAAUAAAGGCGACAGACUGGGCGCACGUCUCGAUAUUAUCUUUGUGUUCGCGCCUGCCCUUCUUUCUACCCUACGCUGUUUGUUUGUUUCUUUUAGUUUUGCGGUGCUCACCUAAACUACAAGCUCCAGUGGGAGGAGGCUCGCUUUGCACCAAGGGUAAUCAGUAUGGAUCCAAAUGUUCCUUCGCUUGUCACAUUGGACACAAGAUGAUAGGCUCUGCCCUCCGGGUUUGUGAGAAGGACCCGGUGACUUCUUUAGGUUUCUGGACAGGAAACGAGACAAAAUGUGAUUGUAAGUCAAAUUCCAAAGUUAUAUUUCUUUCCGUUCGCUUUACUCCCUUCCCCCAUCCCAAGAAAAUGGCCACUUUCUUAAAAUGGUCGGAACAUUUUUUUUCUACCACAUAACUUUGCAAAAUCACGUUUGCAAAAAGCACGUUGAAAGUUGAACCGAAUCAUCUAUAGUCCAAGAAAUUUAGAUAUAAAAAAGUCACAAAGUUUACUCUGACCAUAUACUUUUUUUAGUGAUCAGGUGCCCGCGUCUAAUUCCUCCCGACCACAGUACACAAUAUGGAUGUUCGCGUGGCUCUGUGGAUAACACUUAUGGUGACAAAUGUUUGUUGUACUGUGACGUCGGGUACCAGCGUGUAAAUGGUUCCACCGAGAGAAUCUGUCAAGCUAAUGGUACAUGGUCUGGAGAAGAGCCCUUCUGUGAAGGUAAGGGUGUGGAGGGGGGGGGGACAUGAGGGGCAGUGCAAAUUGAUAAAUUCACAUGAUUUAAUUUGAUUUAUAAGAACAUUGACAGAUGUUUAAAAAAAAGCUUUUGUUUGUCUCGUGCGCUUUAAUCGAUUAAUUCUGCUAUGGAAACAAAACCAUUCCGCUAUCAGUAAUCAUGCCAACAAAAAAAGAUAAAUAGCCAAAAUAUAAUAAGCAAACAAUUAAUUUUUAUCCUUUUGCUCAUUUUUCUCAUUUUAUUUUAUUUAUCAAUAGAGAGACAGUGUCCUCCGUAUCGUAAUUGAAGCGAUUACAAGGUCUCUCAAAUCUCUCAAACAAGAUAACUCACUCCAUAAUUCUAUUUGUCAUACAUGAAAACCAGAGCGGUUUAUAAACAGCAAAGUUCUGAUGUUAUUUUCUAGUAUUGAAAAUGAUGUUGACUUGCUGAGUAUUCUUCUCCUAGCUGUCCGCUGUAAGUCUUUACAAGCUCCAAAGGAUGGCGAUAUCUCUCCAAGUUCUUGCACAUCGUCUCCGGAGUACGACACCACUUGUCUUUUCUCUUGCCGAAAAGGCUACAGACUGCAUGGAGAACCAAUAGCAACUUGCCUUGGAGAUGGAAGAUGGUCAAGAAACGCCACUGCAAUGUGCAGAGGUUAGAUAGCAAGAUCAUGGAAAACUUUGGCUUAGAUAAUACUACAAGUUGUGAUCUUUUUAGGUGCUCUCAAAUAUGUAUAAAAAAAACCAAUCACAACAACAACGAUAACAACAACAAAAAAAUAUGCCAAAAAAAGAGGGGAGAAGGUCAGCGCUCAAAAAUUAUUUUUAAUUUUAAUUUAAUUCUAUCUGCAGACGUGGAAAGCCCUUCGUUUGGCUUUACCUGCCCAAGCGAUAUUAACUCGUACGCAGACAAGGAAAGAAAUUACACGCAAGUGUCCUGGCCUCCUGUUAUUGCCACUGACAACUCUGGUCUGGCACCGACUGUGACUUCGAGAGGUGUGCAAGUCAUAUACUAUAAUGGGAAGCACGAGGUCACUUACAACGCCUCUGAUGUAGCAGGAAAUUUCAAGAUCUGCAAGUUUCACAUCACCGUUGAAAGUAAGCUAUUUUAAGCUUUCCCGUGUGAUAGUAGAGUCCUAGAAAAAUAGUGAGCGAUCUUGAUGUAUCAUCGUCAAUUUUUUUUUUCAACAAACUGAAACGCAGUAAGACAGUAUUGAUAGCAAAUGGUUUAUGAUAUGAUUGCUUCCCAACAAGUCGAACACAGACUUGAAGACAGAUUGAUUUGUUAUUGGCUUGAUUGCAGUAGCAUCAGAAAGAUAAUGUAAUAUAAAUCAUGUUUAUAAAAUCUAUUAGGUUGAACAAUUUAACUGAGAGUUUGUGAAUAAUUCUUCCUUUUGAGAAAAGUGUUUUCUCUUCCAAAGGGUAACAUAUGAAUUUUAUCAGCGUUUACCAAGGAAUCUCUCUGAUAUUUAUGUUAUUUAGUAGAAAUACUAACUUUACUGAGAUUAAUGAGCAAUUGUUUAAACUACCCUUAACGCUCACUUUUGUCUUUUGUUUCAAAAGGAAAUGAUUGGGUGAUAUGUUUUGUUUUCAACCUUGGUUACCGGGUACAAAUUAUAUGUUAAUUUUGAAUGCAUUCCCAUCCGUUUCCUGCUCCAAUAACAAUAGAUAAUCGUAUGUAAAUUGAGGAUAUGCCCAAAACCAAACAAUCUAUAUUACAUUCCCUUAUAUUUUUUCAUUUUUCCAGUCUUUAGAUGUCAGACACUGUUACCUCCGCUGGAAGGAUCCUUUUUGGGAGAUUGUGACAACAUUUAUGGUUCGACGUGCAAAGUGGUUUGUAAAGAUGGUUACAACCUGGAUGGGUCUAGCGUCCUCACUUGCCUCAGGAAACCAGGUCACAUAACAGGAUACUGGAACGGUUCUUUCCCAGUCUGCCAGGGUAAAUGAUAAGCGUAUUCUGUUAUAUGAGAAAAAGGUUAUUACGUUUUAUUGAUAUUGUUCCAAUGAACAUCAAAUGAGUAUCAGAUAUCAAAGUGGACAGAGACAAUCCUUUUAAAUAUGACGGAAGACUGACUACACCUCGGAUUAUGCAGCGUUAAUCGUUUUCAGUUUUGGGCACAGCAACCUUAGCACAACAAAUAAAAGGAUAAAAUCUUCCAACGAUGUACUUUUUUAAUUGCAUCAGAGUGUCGUUAGUAACUUAUUAAUAUUGGCCGAAGCACUGCCUUUCAAAAGCAGAACAAAUAAUGCUGCAUAAAAUUUAAAAACAUUCAGUUUGUUAAAUGAAAACUUUCUCGAAAAUUAAUGCUUUUCAGUAAUUAUGGAGUUACGCCGAAUCAAUCAAAGUUAAAUAAAAUGAAACCAAAGAGGUCAAAUGGAAUCUACUGAGAAAGAGAAUAUUUAUCUAAAUACAAUGAAAUGCGUAGAGUGAACGAACAUUAAGAUGAAAUACUCCAAAUUUAACCCACAAUGUUUUCAAAUGUUAUAAUGUCCCUAAUUAUUGAUUUUUCUCUACUAUUUUAUCCGAAAAACAUGUAAUAAAUUCCAAAAUAUCAUUUGCGUUGAUCGUAGUACGGAGAUGUCCUUCUCUGAGUUCUCCAAGGUACGGCUUUAUUUACCCCCGAAUGUGCAAGUCGUCUCCAGUCAGCGGUACAGCCUGCUACUUCGAAUGCAGGAAUGGUUUCCUUGAAAAUGGUGGAGAAACUGUGGUCUAUUGUGAGAACGAUGGAAAAUGGAGCAAAAACAUAUCUUCGAUAUUAAAAUGUCUUGGUAAGCUACUUAGAUUUUUGGUUGAGGAACUGCCGUGGCGCCAUUGCCAUAACUGAUCUUGCUUUACCCUGAGUUGAUUGGUAGAAUUUAUUGAAUCUGGCUUAGUGUGUGUAGGAGACUUAACAAAUAGAUUCCAUUUUGCCAUGUGAUAUUUCAUUAAUAGAUCACCGACGAAGUAAAAAUGCGAUAAUAGUUUUUUUGAUUGUUGAAAAAGCAAAACGUUGUUGAUAGUGAAGCCAAAAUAAAAUAUUCGUCCGUCCCUAAAAUAGAUCAUAAAAAAUAACCAAUAAAACUGUGGAUAGGAUACAGUUGAUCAUAUAAUUCGGAAGAGAUCACACUGAUAUGUCAUUUACCUGUUGCCAAAUGUUAGUCUUCUGUUGCUUAUUUUUGCAGAUGUGUCACCGCCUGUAUUCAAGAAUUGUCCCUCAGACAUUCGUGUAAACCUCGGCACAAAUUCAACAGCCGUGGCAAAUUGGACUGCUCCAAUUGCAUUAGACGACAGCAACGUGGAACCUCAAGUAACAGUCUUCCCUGAUGGGAUUAAGCCGCCUCACGUAAUCAAUAAGACACUUAUGGUUGAGUACACGGCCAAGGAUCCAAGUGGCAAUGCAGAUAAAUGCUCUUUUAAAAUAAUUCCAGAAGGUAAACAGUGUCCUGAAUAAUGCUGCAAUUAAAUUAAGAAAUUUUUUACUUGUGUGUAUUUAGUAUUUUCGUGGUUUUAUUGGCUUUCAGAGAGUUCUUGCAGCUGUUAACGAUAAUAUUGCUUCAAGAAAAAUGUUAAUUUCAUUGCCUUGGUCCUCUGCUCACAACCCUAUUCAAUGUGUUUGGAAUUAAAAUCUUUUGUACUGCCCACCAGAAACCUCCACUAUAGAAUCAAGAAUAUCAAACCGCUACAUCCGUAUAAUCGUAUUAUGCAGAUCGUCUCGUUCCCACUGUAGGACUCUUUACGUAACCCAUGAAAGUAAAAGGUUAAUAUGUGGUUUUAUGUUCAAUUCCCUAGAUAAUUCGGGCCCUGUGGUCGUUUUCUGCCCUCCAAGUCAAGUUAUCAUAUCGGAAAAACGAAAAAUAAGCGUUACAUGGCCAGAGCCACAGUUUAAAGACAACAGUAACAGCCCGCUGCAAAUAACGUGCAGUCAAAAAAGUGGUACUGUCUUCUACUGGGGAAGCUAUACAGUACACUGUAUGGCAUAUGAUAACAACCCCAACAACAAGCCAGCAGUCUGUAAAUUUGACCUCACAAUAAGACGUAAGUACCAAAUAUGAUUCCUCGCAAGUGCUGUCGGUAUACAAUACUUUUUACCUUAAAGCUCCUAGUUACUUGAAGAACGUUUCUGUUUUCACAAAACACUUCCUCAAUGGCAUCGGCUUGAUAAUUAAAAAUCCUCGUGUUCACUCUCUUUGUGACUCCAGGUUAAAAAACUAAUAAUUAUAACAUUUUAAGUUAUGGUUAGGUAUUUUCAUGAUUCCCUCAUACUAUAGAUUAGCAAACAAUGCGAGCACUUUCGGUAACUCUUGGAAGAAGAAAAACGUGCAAACUUCGCUAUGUUUAGAUUUGAUUGGAAAAGAACAAAUACUCAGAGAAAACUGAAAAUUUAUGCAGUUUAUACAGUUUAUUUUAUCAUUAUCAGUAACCUGUCUGGUUAAAGAUCAAACACAUUUCUUAGAAACCUAAAAUACUCUCUUAAGAGAGAACUUGGAGUCAAAAGCAUGAUAUUGCAAGGCUUUAUGUAACUUCCAAACAAUUCCCAUUACGGGAUACGAACUACUGUCCAAAAACUACCAACAUCAAAUCGCUCAAGUUUUCUUUUUAUUAGUUAAAAAAGCCUUUUUUCUUGGGCCGUACUUGCCACCAAAAGAUGAAAAAAAGAAAAAAGAAAGAAAGUUAAUAAACAAUAAGUAACUGUCCAUUUCCUUUCCCAGCAAAAAAAUGCAAUGAAAUGAAAUCUCCGAUCAACGGUGGCGCCGCUUGUGAUGACUGGAUGUUGGGAAGGAUGUGCACACCGUUUUGUAAUAGUAAAUUUGAUUUUAGCAAGCCUUUGUCGAACAGCGUUUGGAGUUGUGGAGGAUCUGGGACCUGGACUCCUGGAUAUCGUUGGCCAGAUUGCACAAGUAAGCAGCAUAUGCUAAAAAAAAUUUAAAAAAAAAUUAAUUAAAAAAAAAAAAGGAAAAGCCGAAUAUAAUCCAAAAGAACUUAUGGAGCAGCUCACAGUAACUGCAAACUAAAUAUUCUCCGAAAGUCUGAUAUGGAGAAAUAAACAUAUAGUUGGGGCUCGUGGGUACUUUGGUAGUGCCAUUAUAACUUAUAUUGGCCUGCAUUAGUCCACAUAACACUCCAAAGAGGGAAGAACGUUGUCUCUGACUAGAAAAGUGAUUCGUUUGCGUAAAUGACAGGAGCAAACCAAUUAUCGCUCGUCAUUCCUUGAAAGGACCGGAUAUACUAACACUAGUAGAAUUUUACCGUUCUAUCUGCAAUCCCUUCAUCAAAGUGCCGACGUUUCGGGCGUUAGCCCUUCGUGAAAGCGAACGCACGAAACAUCAGCUUUUGAACUCUUUACGGUGGGCAAGGUACGUUAUCAAUACAUUUGAUAAUUCUAAAUUACCGAAUAUGUGUUACAAUUUGUCUCAAACAAGUAUUCCGACGAACAGAGUGCCAUUCGUUGUGUAAUGGUUUGUUUCUUAAACCUUUGCAGAAAAAUCUCAUCCCAAUAGAGUAAGAAUGGCAAUGGACUUACACUACUAUAAUGGAGAUUGUAGCACAAACGAAACCCAGACUCAAAUAAAGGAACUCUUUAUAAAGAUUAUCAACACGUCUGCUUUCCGUGAAGCCUGUCAAGAUCCAUCUUUCAGAGAUAAGUGUAAAGCUGAGAAUGUUGUGGUCACGUGCGGGGAGGUCGACGAGUCUGUUGCUGAUAGAAAAAGGCGUUCGACAGGUAAGAUAUAUGGAACUCUUUCAGGAAGGCGCUUUUAAAUUUUGUUCUUUUGUAUGAUGUUUACCUUAUCAUCAUGCAUAACAACGAUGACAUUGUCACUCUUAAAGGAGGCCUAGAAAGCCUAUUUGAAUGCACGUUACUAUGCCAACCAUAUCGUAAGGCGAAAGAUCAUCGAGGUAAAUUCAAAAGAUGUUGAGAGAUUUCUUCGAAUUUUUGUCAAAAUCCAUGAUAAUCUCUGCAGAAUAGGAUCCUUUGGGAAUGAAAAAAGCUUUCAUGGGGAGAUAUGAUCAAGAUCCUACAAAUCAGAUUGUGUCUUUAUUCUGAGAAUCGAAAAGUGGGAAUUACCACUCAUCGUUCGGUUGGCGCAAACUUGGCUUCUAGCAAUCAAAAGAAGAUUAUCUAAGAUAUUUUUAAAGCUUAUCGGCGAUUUUCUUCAGUUUGAAACUUGUGGUCGAGCAUCUGUAGGAGACAGGAACAUACAUCUUUUACAAAUAAUUCUUUUAGAGAGAUGCAUAUUUUAUUUAAUAUAUCUACUAAGUCAAAAGGAGCUUGAAAGCAUAUUAAGUUGUGAAAUCAACAGGUGAUGGAGAGCAUUUCAGAAGAAGGCGAUCUGUUCCACAAACAACAGUCACUCUCGAGAUCAUUGGUAAGUCCAUAGACGUUAUUCACCAACAAUAUUCCACUGAGGCAUAUGCAAAUUUUUAUGUAUUAUAUCAAAUCAUGUUGUGUGACACAUUGUGAUAUAAUAUGAUGUGAUAUAAUGUUAUAUCCGAUGUGAUGUGAUAAGUUGUGAUGCGGAGAAUGGUGUAAUGACAUGUGAUGUGAUUUCAUGUGACAUGAAGUGAUGUAAUGCGAUGUACGAGGUGCCGUGAUGAUACGUGAUGUGAUGUGCCAUGAUAUGAUGUAAUUUGAAAUGCUAUGUGACAUGACGUGAUUAAAUGUGAUGCGGUGUAAUGUUAUGUCCGAUGCAAUAUGGUGACAUGUGAUAUGGAGAAUGAUGUUAUGAGAUGUGAUUUGAUUUGAUAUGACAUGAUGUGAUGCAAUGUGCUGUUGUGAUGUGUUGCACGAGGUGACGUGAUAAGAUGUGAUAUGGUGUGAAGAAUGGUGUAAUGUGAUGUGAUGCAAUGUAAUGCGACGUGCGAUAUGACGUGAUGUGAUGUGUGCAUGCAAUGCGACCAUUUUUUAAGAUCGCUAAUAUCAUGUGAAACGCAUAUGAACAGGGGCGUAGCUAACCCAUAGUCCUGUGGUCUUGGGCUUGCAAAUAUUUUUCUGUCGGCUUGACUUUUAGAAUAUCACUCUUUCAAAUUUUGAAACAAAAUUGAAGUUCCAAUCAGUUUUCAGGCAUAAAACAAGUCGAAAAGCAGGCCAAGGGUGUUGGAUGGUAAAAUGCCGCAUGGGGCUUGUCGAUUUUUUUACAUAUUCCCUCCACAGCGACAGAACCCGUAACAAUUACAGACCUCGUUAGGGUAGUUUCUGAACAGUUUCAUGUCUGCUAAAAAUUACGAGUGAGGGAGGGGUCGAUUAUUUAUUUAGUUUGGUUUUUCACGCUGAUGUGAUUUAGGGUUUUAUGAGUGGAAGAAUGCUAAGUAAUUUGAAUAUUUUAUCUCUCGCAGUUGAGCUUGAUGGAAUUGAAGGAAACGACACCAGCGAAGAUUACAUAAUGAUUGGAGAGGAAGGAAUGAAAGUUGCCCACAAUAUUAGCAAUCUGAUUAAACAAGCAGCUCAAAAUGGCAGCCUUCGGUUCUCAGUCAAUAGCUCAGAGUUUGUCCCUGACAUAAAAACGCUCAACAUCUCCGACCCUCAGCAGCUUUGUUAUACUGGGCAGAUUUACAGGAAUGGAUAUUGUCGUAAGUCUCGUGCGAUUAUAAUAUGGUAUCAUUUAAUGUUUCAGUUGGGGACUUUGACACAAUUACCAAGGCCUGAGAAGUUAACUAAAAGUUAUAACAAUCUGAAUUUAUCAAUUGAGUUGAUAAAGUAAAUUGGCCAUCAUAAAGAUUUUAAAAGCUGAGGUUGCAAGCGAUAGCCCUUCGCCAAUCCCUCUGACGAAGGACUAACGGUCUAAAUAAAUCUUGUAAAAUCAAAUUAUCUUGUAAUAAUCCCCAAAGAAGCAGCACCUUAAUUUCCCCGGGAACGUAUCACCUUUAUUCAUCUAAAAGUUAUGAUGAUAACUUGUGCUCAAAUUUCACCUUUGCUUGAUAAUACCUUGAGAUGUUGUGUUUUACCAGAGAUGAUUGCCUUCAGCGUAAGAUAUUAGAGUUUGUUAAAAAGCCCAUCAUUGUUUGUUACUGGAUUCUAUAAAUGAACGAACAACCCUCUUACUGUGUAAUUCCAUUGAUGAUGGGAAAAGAUUCCAAUCUAUGACGUCAUACUUUCGUCUCUCAGUUAACUGUAGCUCUGGAACGUUUUUGAACCAAACGACUGCAAAAUGCCAAGAUUGUCCUCACGGAACAUAUCAGGACUCUGAAGGAGAACAACAAUGUUUGUCCUGCCCAUCAGGAACCUCCACUGUAGAAUCGAGGACAGCAAACCGCUCCAGUUGUUUUGGUAAUCAUUAAUUGUUCUUUUUAAGAGCCGCCCUAAGAUGUUGGUAUUCAAAUCUGCAGUUUAGUUUGUUAAUAUCAACUAGGACCAAAAUAGCAGCGACUAACCUGAGAAGAAUCACAUGUCUCGGUCAAGGCAGUCAUCAGAUACUUAAUAGCAUCUCUCGUAAGUCUCGUUCACAAAUUGAGGUGUCAAUAGUGGCAUUCCAUCGCAGAGGGUUUCUCAACAGCCUGCUAACGAGUUACAUCAGUGCAAUAGAAGAAAGUUCUAAACAAUUAUUAGAUAAGGUUUUUGUGAUAUCCAGAGUAAUCAAGGUCGAGGACGGGGGUUAUCAGCCGAAGCCGAAGGCUCAGGCUAACAACCCUUGCCGCUAUCAUUUAAGUUUGUUGUGCGCUAUCGUUUAAAUUUGUUGAUUUUCUUCAUUUCUUCACAAGCGGUCGCAGCUCUAUUUCAAAUUAACUACCAGGGUGACUUUGAUCAUGGCUCCUUUCAGUUUUCAUUAUUUUUUUUUAGAAUGAUUGAACUUUGAGCAAGCACACAACUUUUAACACUUUUGCUUGCGCCGUUUAAUGUGUAUUUGUCGAUUGAUCUGAUUCAAUUCAGCAGGUUCCCAGUGCCUUCAGGGAAUUCUAUGUAAAUUUAUAACGGCGUUUGAUAUAAACUGUUAGGCUUAAUUUCAAGUGUUAAUAUUACUGAUAAUUACAGGAAUGGUUAUAUCAUAUGAUGGCAAGAAAUAUCAAUAUUAUCAUUAUCAUUAAUUGCUUCAAUUUUUCGUUAAGCCUAUUGCAAAGCUGGUACCUACUCCCCUACGGGUCUUGAACCAUGUUUCCCAUGCGACAAGGGCUCUUACCAAAACAAGAAUGGGCAGAAAAAUUGCUUGCCAUGCGCAGCAAACCAGACGACGUCAUCUGAAGGUUCCAAUGGCUCUUUGCUGUGUGGAGGUAUUUCUAAGAAGUGAUUGAUUUGUGUGUGCUGAUUCAAGAUUUCUGUAAUGUUAUCGCUUUAGAUGGAAUUCUAUGUUUCAACCUAAAUGCUUGCCUUAAGAUUUUUCAUUGUAAAAUCAACUAAUUUUACGGUGAUUAUUUCGCAGAAUUCUUUCGCCAGAGGACUGAUUUUAUGGUUUAAUUUUGCCGCAGGUUAUAAACCUUGGUUACCCUGAUCAAGCUCUUUUUGGGCAGAAAGUGCUCCAUCUUCCACUCACAUCUUUUUCUUUUACUCCUGAUCAUAAAAGUUGGAAACGGUGUCAUAAAAAUGCUGCAUCUUUUUUAUUAACCCAGGUGUCUUGCAAUCCCCAUUCUCAGUUAUCUCUCGCGAAUCUUAAGUUUCUUUCAAUUCUCCAGAAAUCCCCUUCUCUUUUGAGUACAUCCACCCUACCGGAUAGAGUGCUACCUCCAUAACUUAACGACCUGAACCAAGGUAACGGUCAUCAAAAUCUCACCGAAUCAUUUAUGUUCACUUCCCUCUCACAGAACCUUGCCACCCUGGCUCGUUUUCCCCCAGUGGAUUGGCACCGUGCUCUUUAUGCGACCAGCGUUCUUUCCAGCCGCGUAAUGAAAGUCGGAUUUGUUUUCCAUGCCCAGGAACCACUAUAACAGUAUCUCCCGGAUCAAAGACCGCACAAGAUUGCAUAGGUGAGAUGACAUAAGAGGAAUCAGGUUUCUGUAUUUUUUUAAUCAUUUUAACCUACAAAAUUGAAGAUUACACGCGAUUAAUAAUGGUAAAAGGAGCGAGUGAAGUCCAUUCGGUUUGUAAUCGUACGAGUGAUUUACAAAAGAAGUUGGAAGCCGAAAGAGGUGAUGCGGCUUAGCGAAAAUUGAAAUAAUUUAUGGAUCAAGAUGCCAACACCCGUUUACCAUUAUGAAAAGAGGCAAAUUGUGUAAAUAAUAUAUAAAGACAUGUUUAAUACCUCUCUCAUAGAAGCAAAUAAUUAGAAAAACUAGAUAUAAAAUAUUAAUUCUUUCAAGACAAAACUUUAUCGCUAGAAAUUAACAGACAUGUACCUGAAAAAACUUACAAAAAAAAAUUAUGAUCUACUCAUGCUACUUGAAAAGUUUUUUUCAAAAUUAAGUAAUUUCUGUUUCCUUUUGCUUGUCAUGUUUCCAUAGAAAUCAACGAAUGCGAAUCAGACCCUUGUAACAAUAAUUCAACAUGUACAGACCUCAUCGGUGACUACCUGUGCUCUUGUACCUCCGGUUACACUGGAAAGCAGUGUGAGACCAACAUUGAUGAGUGUCAAGACCAACCUUGUUUCCAUAACGGCACAUGCCACGACCUUCUUAACAAUUACACCUGCAAUUGCACGCAAGGUUUCCGUGGAAUUAACUGCGAAAAGGAUAUCAACGAAUGUGAUUCGUCACCAUGCGCCAACAAUGCUUCCUGCCAGGAUCUCCUCGGAGGAUUCAAAUGCCAGUGUGAACCUGGUUACACUGGCAAGCUCUGCGAUACUGAUAUCGAUGAUUGUCUUAUUUCCCCUUGUCAGAAUGGAGCUACUUGCCGAGACGGCAUCAAUAACUACGAAUGUGUCUGUGCUCUAGGAUACCAAGGGGACAACUGUCAAGAGAAUAUUGAUGACUGUGCAAGCAAUUCUUGUCAGAACGGAGGCCAAUGCCUCGACGGUAUUGGCAGCUAUCUGUGUAUUUGUCCAAAGGGAUUUACUGGUAGUAUUUGUGAGAUAGACAUUAACGAAUGUGUGACAGCAGACUGCAAAAACAACGCUACUUGUAUUGACGAGAUAGACGGAUACUUUUGCCAGUGCGAGAAAGGAUUUUCUGGAAAGACGUGCGAGAUUGAAAUUGACGAGUGUUUCUCCAAUCCAUGCAAGAACCAAGCGCAAUGCAUGGAUAUGAUUAAUGGGUAUACAUGUGACUGUCAAGAUGGUUUCGAUGGUUUGCAUUGUGAGAACAACAUCGACGACUGUGCUUCAAUUCCUUGCUCAAACAAUGGCAUCUGUCGCGAUGGUAUUAACAAUUUCACCUGCGUAUGUCCGUCUGGUUUUACGGGUGCGCUGUGCAACGUGGACAUUGACUAUUGCACCUCCAAGCCUUGCUAUAAUAACGGUUCAUGUUUUGAUGACAACACGUCUUUUAAGUGCCAGUGUCCCGAUGGUUUUGAAGGGGAGCACUGCGAAAUCAAUGUGGACGAUUGCAAAAAUUCUACCUGCAUGAACAACAGCACUUGCAUUGACGGCAUAGAUGAGUAUGAAUGCGCAUGUUCUGAAGGUUUCGUUGGCAUCAGCUGCAAAAUAAAUGUUGAUGACUGUGCGGGAAACCCAUGCGUCAACGAAGGAACAUGCACAGACCUGAUAAACGACUACCAAUGCAACUGCAAGUUGGGUUACACAGGGAAAAACUGCAGUGUGGACAUCGACGAAUGCACAAGUUCUCCUUGUAACAACAAUGCUACGUGCAUCGACCAGGUGCAUAGUUACACCUGCCUCUGUAAUGUUGGAUUCAGUGGAUCCCAUUGUGAAGUUGAUGUAGACGAGUGUGGAGCAAACUAUUGUAGUAAUGGAUCCACCUGUAUAGACGACGUAAACGGUUAUAGCUGUAAAUGUGCUCCAGGCUUCUCUGGUGACGAUUGUAGCACGGAGAUUGACGAAUGUGCAUCUUUUCCAUGUGACUAUGGUGGGACAUGUUAUGAUCAGGUACUUCACGACACAUUAUAUGACUUGGUUCCGUUGAGCUAUACAUAUACGAAUUCAAUACGAUCUCCGGACACAGCAUCAUACAAUACACACAAAAAUAACAUAGGAUACGUAGUAAAUUCACAAUUUUUUUCACCGAGGAAAGAUGUUCCCCGUGGUUAAGUAACCGCUGUUCUUUAUCUUGAUCGGUUAAUGGAAAUCAGUAAUCUUUUAUCAAAUUAAUGUUUAAAGGUUUGAAUUUUAUACUUCUCAGGUUAAUGGCUUCCUAUGUUUCUGCAAACCUGGAUUUACAGGCCAUCGGUGUGAUGUGAAUAUAGAUGAAUGCGUCUCCAGUCCAUGUCAAAACAAUGGCACGUGCAUGGAUCGUGUGGCAAACUUCUCUUGCCAGUGUCCAGUAGGAUUUAAUGGAUCCCAGUGUGAAAACGCCAUUGACUAUUGUUCCGACUCGGGUAAUUGCACUGUAAAUGGGCAAUGUGUAAAUUCUCGAACAGAUUUCUAUUGCAACUGCAGCAGUGGGUAUUUCGGGAAAUACUGCGAGUUUGAAAUCGACGAAUGCUUGGCAAAACCCUGUUUCAACAACGCUACCUGCCGUGACGCCAUUGGUGACUUCUCUUGCUCCUGUUUAGACGGAUACACAGGGAAGCUCUGUGAACUGAACAUUGAUGAUUGUAGGAACAAUUCUUGUCAGAACAACGCGACUUGUGUUGACCGUACCCUUGGGUAUUCCUGUCUCUGUGCCGAAGGUUACAAUGGGACCCACUGCCAAACAGAAAUCAAUGAAUGCGAAUCCAAUCCAUGUUUAAACAAUGGCUCAUGCAUUGACCUGACUCCUGGGUACAAGUGCGACUGCUUUGACAAAUUCAUUGGGGAAAACUGUGAAAACUUGACGGAUCUCUGUUUAUCUGCGCCUUGUCGAAAUGGAGGUAGAUGCAAAACUGAAAGCGCUGGGGAAUACUUCUCCUGUACGUGUCCAGCUGGUUUUACAGGAAAAACUUGCGAAGUUAACAUCGAUGACUGCGUUUCGAGUCCCUGUAUGCCAAACUCCUAUUGUCAAGACCAGGUUAACGGGUAUGCAUGUGAAUGCUUCCCUUCUUUCAUGGGAGAUCGCUGUGAUAUCUGUGAGUAUCAAUCAUCGCUAUAUUGUUGUGUGGUUACUGUUUUAUAAGACGAUUAAUGCAGAAACAUCAAGGUAAAGCAAACCAAAAGAAGUAAUGUAAGUAAGCAAUUCUGAAAAAAAAAGAAAGGUUUUAUUCAAAAUCAAAUCAAAUCUUAUUUAUAGUGCCAUACGAAAUAUCAAUUUGGGGUGUUCAGAACAUGUAACUUUCUCUCCGCUGCCGAAUAGUUAAAACGGAAAUAUAUAUACAUAUGUUAAGUUCAUCAAAACAGGAUUUAAGGGGUUAAAACGUAGAGCCCUUUCCCAAGUGACAGUUACUCGAUACAGGUUGACGUUCAAUAGAUCGAACGUGUUUGAAUAAACGUGAAGAAAUCUCUCCUCUUAAUUAUUUUUCAAACAUAUAUGUCUUAUUCUCAAACUGAGCUUUACGUUUCAGUUCUGGGAAGCAACUUUGAUCUGAAAUUUUCGCGUAAAAGUAAGGACGACAUGGUUCUUCUGUCAGACGGUAAAAGUAUUCCGAGCAUGAGGUCGUUUACAAUCGCCCUAUUUGUCCGUGUGGACUCGCGAUUCAAGUCAGGGACAUUGUUUAGUUAUAGUGUUCCCCAGCAGUCGCAGGACAUCAUAGUACUAUCGUUUACAGAGUCUGAAAUCCUCCUGGAAAUCAAAGAUAAAGUAAUAAAGACGAGUUUCAGCCUGCUGGAUGAUCGUUGGCAUUACGUGGGAGUUGUUUGGAAUGGAAUCACUGGAGAUACUUUUGUGUACGUGGAUGGACCAGAGAGAGAACAUUCCAAGGAUGUAAACACCGGAAGUAUUAUAAUGGGAGGUGGUUGGAUCGUACUGGGGCAGCGAUAUCUCGCAGAGGGACAGAAUCCGACUGAAUCGACGGCUUUCGUGGGCACUCUGCACCAAGUUAGCCUAUGGGAUGUGCUAGCAUCAGCAGACCACAUGUGGAAUGCUGCACACAACUGCACCUGGCCUAUCGCAGGAAGUGUGCGAGCAUGGAGCAGCUUCCUGCUUGGGAUAAAAGGAGAAGUAGAGAAGAGGUUUAUGACGCAAUGUAAAGGUAUGCAGUCUGCUAAACAUUCAAAAUUUGCUAGACACGCUUUUGUACACAAAGCUCUGGAUCCCGAGGCCAAAGUUCGAUACUCGACCGGGGUCAAUGUUUUUCUUUAGUAAGGCACCUCCUUCUCGCAAUGCCUCUCUACACAUAGAAGCUUAAGCCGAAUUUUCAGGAAAACCUGAUGAAAAGCAAGGGGAAAUGGCUCACGUUAUUAACUCAGUAGAUAAUGCUAAAAUACUAAAUACCUUAUGCGGUUUACUAAAUUAUUAAAGAAUAAUUUGAAAAACAAAAGUUGACAAGAAAUGGUAGGAGCAGACUAACUUGGUACUAGUUGUUAGAAAAAAGGUUAUUAGAACAAGUCUAAAUGUUUGUCUCGAGCUUAGUAAGCUAAAUACCUACUCCAGUCCAAAUACAGAAAAGCUAACAAUCUAACACGUAAAAUAUAUUUAUGGAAUCUGAAUUAAAGCUUUUGUCCGUAAAAAGUUAUGGUCGUCCGCUCCUGGGAAAAGCUUAAACUUAAAAGCUUAAACUUAAUUUUCUAUUUACUGCGAAUCCAAAGAAAGCUCUAACAGCUCUACAAGUCAGGUGGGCUUGCAGGGUUGAUUUCAGAAUUCUAUCAUUUUAGUCCGCAGCUGAAUCACUGGUUCAUCGCGAUGAUUUCCGUAACCUCUAUUUUAUCUUUUUUUAUUUAAUAAUUUCUCUUUAAUUAUCGCGAAAGAGAUUUUUAUUCAAACCUUUUUUAGGUUCAACCUAUCGGUUGAAAUUGUUUCUUUUCUGUCUUCUUUACCGGUAGCUUUGGACGAUUGCACAACAAAUUGCUCCCACUUUCUCCAUUGUGAGGCUCGUGAAGCACGUUACCACUGCGAGUGUCAGCCUGGGUUUUCAGGUCCACACUGCAAUAUCGACAUCGAUGAUUGCAGUUCCAAUCCCUGCGUCAAUGGAAAGUGUGUAGAUGGUGUAAACCGAUACGACUGUGAAUGCGAUAGCGGGUAUUAUGGCACUGACUGCAAGCAGAAGAUCAUCGAGGAAAAAGGUGAAUAUGCUCUCAAAGACACAAAACUGAACAGGUUUUCCGAAGUGAUUGUUGAAUAAAGAGUCGAUGAGAUCUUUUAGUCCGUCGAAUAAAGAUUAACAGUAUAUUCUGACUAGAAUUUAGACUAAAAUGGUUAAUGAAGGUAAAUAUUUGCUGAUAUCGUUCUGAAGUUUCACUAACACCAAACUUGCAGUAAGUGCGUUUAAGAAAGAAUUGCUGUUAAAUGAAUGGUGCUUCUGGGCAAUCUAUUUGAGUCCUACACAUUCCGCACAUUUCUCUGGAAAUAUAAACUUUAAAACAAAUUUCGCCCAUUUUCGUAGUUUGCCCAAAACUGGAGAAACCCAGGAAUGGUCAAACGAAGUGUCGAAAGCUAUCUGGAAAACUAUUGUGUAUCAUGUCUUGUGAUGAAGGACACGCAUUUAAUUCCGGGGCAAUUACAAUGUAUGGCUGUGGGCCAGAUACAGAAUGGAAAUGGAAUGGAAAAGAUGAUCUUGGGAUACCCUCUUGCACAAGUAAGAAAAGCGUUCUUUAAACUGUUUUUUAGAGUCAUGUGUUAUCUACAUUUACGCUGAAAUUCUUUUCUUGGUUAAGACCUAUCUAAUACCGAGAAAGCAAUUCCUUCAUUUCAUCAAACAAACAAGCUUCUUAUUUAUCUGACUAACUUGUUUGGCUGUUGCUAAUGAGCAAGCGAAUUCAGAUUAGGAAAAUAUCCAAGAGUCAGAUAAAUAAUUCUCUUAUUUGUUUUAACGAUGAUUACAGUCGAGAAAAUAUAAACUAUAAACAAUAAUAACGGUGAUAAUAAUAAUAAUGAAUUAAUAUCUUGUUAUAGUAAUGAUGAUUUGACAUGGUAAGGUAGCAUGUUUAUUGUGGUUUGCGUCUGAUAAAAUGAAUAAGACUUUCACAGAAAAUGAACUCAACGUCUUUCAUUGCGAAUUGCAAGAGAUGAGUUAACGAAUCGAUAUUCGACUCACUCUAACAACAUCACUUUUUUUUUCCUUUUAUCAUUUUCACACAGGUGAAGCUGCUCCCAAGGAAAUAGAACAUCACUUUUCUGUAAGGUUUAGUGGGAUUAAUUGUGGGAACAUAAAAACCCACAAGGAUUUACUGAAAGCUGUUAAAAAAGCUGUCAAUGAAACGCUUUCAACAAUCUCAGGAUGCCACGCUUGCCAAUUGACAAAGCUUACCGUUCCUGGAUGUGAAUUGGCGGAGGGGAAGAGGAAAAGGCGAGCAGACAGCUAUGCAAUGGAGGUUCUUUUCUCGUUGAUGGUGAGAGAAGCUCUUGGUAGUAACUCACUGAGCGAAGAUGUUCCAGAGAAGAGUGAAGCGGUCCUGUUUCAGAUGAAGUAUGCUGUUGCCACAGGACAAUUCAGGAUAAACGUGAAUGGAAUGAACAGUACCGCUGAGAGAUCUUCACUACAGCAUCUCUCCUCCAGUGUCACUUGCAGUGCAGGAUAUGUUACAAGCAGCAAUGGAAAAAGAUGUGGUGGGUGUUGCAUCUGCUUUGGUUAUAUCACUUUUCAGAUUAACUGGAUUAAAAAACUUACUGGUUAAGGAACUCGUGCUAUCCUCUCAACCAAUCAGUAUUGACGCCUAAACGUAAUCGUUACUUUAAGAGGCUGCGCUUUCCUUCGCUGGUGACCAGCCUCUUAUAGUUAAUUUCAUCCCUCGCUAGCUGUUUUGCUCUUAUUGGCUGUGAUGUUUUCCUUGUGAUAGCACUCUGCUGCGUGAAUACUUCGGAGGACUUUGCGAAUUCUUGGCUAUUCUUUUGAUUUUCAACAGUGGCAUGCCCAGUGGGAACGUAUUACGAUAAAAACGGCUUCAACUGUACGUUGUGUGGUAAAGGUAGUUAUCAGGACAAGGAAGGUCAGAACAGUUGCGAAAAGUGUGACCAAGGAAAAUCAACGGAUACUAAUGGAGCUGCUUCGAGUGAAGACUGUGUUAGAGGUAUGACCAGCUAAUAAAAUUUCGAAAGUCUUUUUCAAACAUAGAUAAUAGACUGCUAUAAAGAUAACAAUUAGAUCAGAAUAACUAUUGAUCAAACAUCACAUCGUUCUGCAGGGUUCAAUCAAUGAAUAUCAUUAACAGUUAAGAACCCACGCCUAAUCCAACAAGAACAUUGCGCGAUUAUUUUGCUUUUAACACAGUGAAGCUUUGUGGCAGUACAAGUCUUAGAGAAUACGAAUUUUACCUCGAUAAGCUUUCUAGAUCUCGUUUUCGUUCUGAAACGUCAACUAAAAAAAGGGAUAUGUUAUUGACAACCAUAAUGCUCAUGUUUGAAAUUGGAAAAUUCAGGGAAAAUUUUGUCACAUACAGACGAACUUUGCCAGAUGACUCGACAAUGAAACUGGGAAGGGUGCAAGUGACGUUCGUUCUGGCGAAAUAUUCUGAGAAAGAUUCCUUGAACGAUUCCAUCGUCAAUUUAUGUAACACACCCUCCAACAAAAAAUCUUUUACGAUAGCGUACAGUAUGUAAAGGGAAGCAUGAUUCUCUCCAUUCCUUCCAUUUUGAACAGUCUCAUCGCCAACACUAUAGUAGUCAAGUUGAUGAAAAUCUUGUUACCCUCUUCCUAGCCUCCCUUUAGCCGUAGUUGACAUGACUGUCUCUGUUGGUCAACAGAACCUAUCUCUAUCAAAGAAGAUACUGCCACUGGCGUCAUCGUCGGAGUUGUAGUUGCUGUGGUUAUUUCGGUUGCCUUUGCUGCAGCAGUUUUCUAUUAUUACCGCAGGUGCGUACUUCUCAAUAGACGAUGGCUCUUUGAAAUAUGCGUCUUUGGCUGGUGAAAUCACACGAGGAUAAAAUUAUGAAGAUAUUACACUAUUUUUUGGGAAAAAAAUGCUCGACAUAAAUUAUUUACUAUUACUACUCUAUAAUAAAUAGACCAAUCAAAUUGCCUUAAAAUGAAGAAAAAAAUUAAAACUAUCAACAAUCAGCCUACUACUGGAUCAAAAAGAAAUCAUUUAUACCAACUGAAAAAAUCCUGUAUUUGAGCGACUGAAAGGUGCGAUUUCAAAAUGGGUAUAAUAUGGUGGUAAUGGAUCUGAGUGAAGCGUAAUUUUGGUCUGAAAUAAUUGUGAUUUCAAAUGAAACUUUUUUUGCACACUCUUUUAAUUUUGAAAUGACGCACAAGAUUUAAGACGAAAUUGCACUCGACUUAGCUCAGAAACUAUCAUCUAUUUAAUUCUUAAUAGAUCGCCCCGUGCGUGUAGUGGCAAACCAAAAAGGGGAAGUGAAUCACGUAUGUUCGAGGACAGUACCCAAGAGGGAGUAUUUAACAAAGCAUUCGAGGCGAACUCCACAGAAGACAGAACUCGAGAUGAACAAGAAAUGCAAUCUCUAGGAAGUGAUUCCUCAAUGAUAUCAGGACAUACUUAUUGCGAGAUAUCUGAAGUAGGAACAUAUGAGAAUGCCAACAUCGGUCGUCAGAGGGACAAUCCAUCUCAACCUCCAACCUAUUGCAACCACGUUUCGCCUUAUGCUGUUAGUAGGAUCGUUUAAAUUACUUCCCUCCUCACUUCGAAGCACUUAAUUUGCUCUGAAAACUUGAUUAUCCAUGCAUAUGGCAUUAAAGACAACUAUCCAAUUAAAAGGUCUGAUUACAACUAUAGGAAAUAAUGAAGGAUUGCGACGCAAUAACUUGACGAAGUCUUCAUAGUCAUGAUAAGCUAACAGAAAGGUCUUCUGAGACAUUUAUGUCUGCGGCUAAAGCUGAGAUUACCAAUACAGUCAUUGUGGAAAAUAUUCAGUGCUCUAGAAAUUUUUUCGAUGACUAAGGCUGGUUAGCUUGAAAGCCCCACUGGGGCAAAAAUGGAUUUACUCAUGUUUGCAAACUGACCAAAUAUAUUGCAAAUUUAGAGCACCAAAUUUGAACUGAAUUUGCACUGGCGAGUAAAGUGGGUGCAAACUCGCACAUUUGCUUGAAUGGCAGUCGUCCUUUCAAGCCUCACCAUCUAUGUCUGAAGUGCAGGUGAAAAGCUACCUUAAAAAAAUAAGUUCAAGACAAAACAAAACAAAACAACUGGUGUGUCUUGGAACUUUUACUCAACUUAAAUUAAGGAUGUUUCAAAGAGGUUGAAAUGUUGGUUUAGCAACCUUAGAAGUAAAAAAGCGAUUAGAAAUUAUCCCAAAAUAAUCGGGCAUUUGCAUUUUUUUGAAACUAUGGGAAGCUUAAUAAAAUUUUAAUGCUGACGUUGGUUUCUUUUCUUUUUUUUUUAAAUGGGGUAUUUUGAAUUUCCUCACUUAAUUUUUGGAUGACAUAUUUAAUGUUUGACUCAAAAUACUGUUUGACUAUGUUUGUUUCUCACUAAAGGUCCCGGAUGAGGCAAAUCUUCUAGAAAAUCAAAUAGGUCCAAAUGACAGCAACGAAGGUGACUGUUUACCCAACGGGUUUGAAGUGAAAGGCAUAUUCGACAGUUCCGGCGGUGAGCUGAGCGCUACUCAUGACUCGGACGUGAAAAUAUGUAUUGGAAACGGCGCAAUACCGAUUGGAGUCAGCCAGGAAGUCUUCUACCGUGUGGUCUACGACGCAACAGAGCUGUUGCAGGAUAUCCCCGUUGGACCUGAUGAAACACUCAUUUCCCCCGUUAUUGAAUGCGGACCACACGAUAUCAGACUUUUGAAGCCUUUGGAGAUUAUAAUUCCACACUGCCUCUAUAUGAGCAAAGCUAAAGAGAAAUGGAUAACUGUCUACAGAACUGACCCAAGUAAUCGAAAAAUCCCUGGGCUGACUAUUUUCAGCUGAAUUCAAAGAAAAUACAUUUAAGAUUUAAGAUCUUGAGGACUCACACGUUUGUAAGCCUUACAUGUUCGGAUUUUGUGCAGGGCAUGGAGUUACAAAGAAGAUAAGAGCUUUCGGUUUCCAUCGCUGUGGCCCGGUUUCUAUUCGCUGACCUGGCGUCGCAUGUGGUUAAGUUUUUUGGUGCUUCUCCUCCACACUCCCAGAAGUUUUCUCUGUGUUUCUGAUUUUCCUUCUUUCGCAAAAACCAAGGCCCAAAUUUCGAUUCGACUUAACGUAACCCUAAUCUUGAGAGGAACCUCGUGGAUUUCCACUGCAGAGUAAUCCCUCUUAUUUAUUCUACCUGCAUAAUUUUUACUCCCUUCUCUUUCGGGUAGAUAGGAUUGAUCUUCUUUAUGCUGUUACUGUACUGACGAUUUUGUCAUCAAUGUUUGAUUGAAGGUCCCAUCAAGUGGGAGAAAAUCCCCAACAAAUCCAAAAGAAAUGAUCUGUCUAGAGCAUGGUUCACAGCAAAAGAGGACUCCAUUCACAUCAAUACCAUGACAUUCUGUUUCUGGUGCGUAUAUUUUCGUCGCGGGGCACCGAAAAGGAAAAGAGCCACAGUGUUUGCUAGUAAAUCAAAUUCUGGAGGUGAUCUCAUUCAAUUCAGAUUCUACAUUUACAGUGACAACAAGGAUUCACUGAGGGUAAGUUAUCGUUUAAGUAAGAUUUUCUUUUGUUUGAAUGCAAGGCAUCCACCAAAUGCAACCGACUGUGUCAAUCAGUUGUUUUAGAUAGAAGUGUUCUUUCUAGUAUUUUACCCACGUACAGUGUGGCAAUGAGGCAUUUCCACUGAUAACUGGCUUGAACUUGCACUACUCAUGAUUCAAUAUCAUAUCGCGUCAUAUCAUGAUCAUUGGUUCAUUGGCUCAUUCAUGUAAUUCUUUAAAGUAAUGUACGAGGGCACUACCAUGGUUGCUUUACAUCAAAUCGCCAUCUUCGAUACAAAUCUUGACAUAUGAUUGGUUGUUCUUUACCACAAGAUACAUAUUCCUCCUCUCUGAUUAGAUAUGAACCAUAUUUGCUUCCCUGCAUUCAUAUAUUUAUUCCCAUGCUUAUGUGCUCGACCAUUAUAUCACUGAAAAGUAAGUUUGCGACUCAGUUCUGACGUUCUACAGUUAGAUGAAAGCACGAGUAUGUACAUAGUAGUCUAUUAGCCUCUUAUUGCUUGUUCUUAACCUACUCUCAUGGAAAUGAAGCGACAAGGAGUGUUGUUACUCCUGUUGUGCGGAUGCAACUCAAUUGUAAGCAUCUACCCAGCAAUUUAUAAAUUUGCCGGUGUUACAAUGUGCUGUCACCCAGUCAUAUUCCUUUAUUUGGUAAGUGAGUUGCAUUUGUCUGACAAAAUAUUAAAAAUAAGGUUUCGUCUAAAAAUUCAAAGUAUGAUGCCCUUUCAUCUAGUCACUCUUGUUAUUGCACGAUGUACCACCUAGCUGAUCCAUAUUUUUUGCCUUUACAAGCGAGUGGAGACGCAAGAUAAAGAGGUGUUUCCUCACUCAUGGAAAGGAAUGGAGAAACCCUUCAAAAUGUACAACAACAGCAAAAAGAUAACCGUUAAACUUUUGCCAGAUCCUAAGAAGGGUUGGGAAUUAGACGAGACACCUGGUGAGCAGGUGAGGAAAUCAACAUGGGGCUGGGCUCAGUCGUGAGUUACAAUAAAACAUUUUUGUCUCUGAUAAUCUGAAUUGAGCUUAAAAGGCCCUUGGUAGUUGGUCGACGAUCUUCCACUCAAUAUACAUUGCAUGCAGUAAGAAACUCCUGAGUUGUCGAUUAUGUGGCCUUCUGAUUACCUCUGAAAGUAGCUGUCUCAACAAUGCACUUUAAAGGACCUCUUAUUCUUUGUGAAUUUUUAUUGAAAGCGUUUUACUCCCGAUUGAUACAAUGUAUUUCUCAAUCUGUCAUUCGUUGUAGGUGUACACCUGCGAUGAUUCCCACGGCGGUAGAUUUCGAUGUAAAGAUGCGUGUGUUUUUGCAGUUGAACCAAUGAAAGGUCGAGAAGUAAAACCGUUUACUUGUAAUCUAACGUUCCAACAAGAGGGCCAUGAAACAGCACAUACAAUCUACGUGAACCCUGGUUAUCCGCUUGUGGAGGUAAUACUGUAUGUAGCUGACACGAUCUGAUUUCGAAUAAAGUCAGUAAGAUAGGUCACAGUCGUCUUUGAAAAUAAAAAGAGGAAAAAACGAACAAGAAAAGACAAAACAUAAAAUCAAACCAAAUUUGAUGUAGCUUUCAGCUCAACUUUUUUUCUGUAAAGUUACAAUCGCCACUAAUAAUAAUUACCAAAUACCUUAUUCACACUCAAUCUUAAUUUCGCGUUCUUCGUGAUUAUAAAAGAUCGCGAAAUUGAAGACUCGGGAAUGAAAAUGCUUUUGUGUAAUGUUAAUGUUAAUCAUCUUCACGUGAAUCGCAAAAUUUAUACAAAUUCUUGAAAACAUCUUUCAUGCAGUCCUCAAAAUUGCCAUUAACUCGUCUCUUGUAGUUCUCAUUCAUAACUUUCAUGUAAUAUUUUAACAUUUGUUCCAGUUUAUCUAGGAAUUUUGAAAAUUAAAACGCUUGAAUCGCGAAAUUCAAUGUCCUAUUUUCAUAUUUUCCUAUUGAUAUCGAAAAUAAAUCCCUGCGAAAUACUGUCUCGCCGAAAUUUGCGAAAUCAUAUACGCGUAAAUUAAGUACGAAUAAGGUAUACAAAACUGUAAUUUUAGUCUAAAACAGUUUUUUUGUUUUACCGAUAACCGUUUUGAAUAUUAAAAUUGAUGAUUUAGAUAUAUUAAAAUUCAUAUAUUUGCACUGCGGUGGAGAGAUGAAAUUACGAGAUCCUCGCAGCUAAGAACACUACUGCCAGUAUCGCAGAGGUCAUGGGUUCAAAUCCCGUACGGGCCUGAAUUUUUUUCAGGUCCUAUUUACAACUACUCGUUUCAGUAGUGUUCUUAGCUGCGAGGAUCUCUUAAUAUUAAAAUUGUUUAAUUCAGUAUUCAUGGACAUGAUUUUCCGGUAUCCGAGCGAUUCUACAACUUUAACUUGCUCUUUUUAGGGGUCGAUCGAGCCGGCAAAUGCUCGUGCGCACUCCAACAGCGCAGCUGGAUGUUCGACUUCCUCAGCUCCAGAAGAAAGUGACAGGAGCAACAUAGACGAACAACCAAAAACUCCUCAAGGUAUCUUCGUCAUCGUCAACGCAGCUAUAGUAACUAUCAUGAGAAGCUGUGGUUAAAUCUAUAAGAUAACACCUCCUACGAAUAAGCUUGUCUUUGUCUUGUUGCCAGAGUAGUCGGGCUUUUCUCUCAAGAACUUGAUUCACGCUUUUAAACUCUCUGUUACGAAUAAUCAAGUGUUUGUGCUCUUUCUCCUUUGUUGGGGGUCUUUGCUUUUUGCGUUCUUCCUCAAACUCAGCGUGGUUAGUUUCUCUUCACUCGUCCGCCAUUUUGUUUGGUUGUGCUUUCGCGACUUUCUUGUUAAUCAAUUCAAAGUUUCGCACUCAAUUUCAAUUUUCUGCAAUGUGUGGUGUUAAUUCACGUGUUCUUGGCUUGUCAGUAUGCUGAAAUUUUUUCAUGUAUAGAAUAAAUAGAGUAAAUACAGUUUGAUAUUGGCAAAUUGACAAACUGUUCUGAUUCCAUUUGUGAACGUUUUAGGUUUGAAUAAAUCACAGUUGGUGAAUUUUCCACGUCAAAGAUAUGGAAAAAGUGACGGUCUCGAGGUGACCUUAUCUACUCUUAGACGCAGCAAAAGUGCAUCUGGGUGCUCGAAGUCCCCAACAUCAGAAGAAGGUGACAGGGGCAACUUAGACGAACAAUCAAAAACUCGUCAAGGUAUUUUAGUCAUCUUUAUCGCCAUCAUGGUAGCUAUGCCUACUAUCAUGAAAAACUGUCACUUAAAUCUUUUAAUAAUUAUACCAUCUCCUUCGAAUAAUCUUUCCCCUCACCAGAUAAACAUUUAAUUUUCCACACGUUGACGUCAUCUUAUGAUGAUCUAUUACUAUGCAGACUCACGGCAACAUGGAAGAUAUUUGUUCUGUAUGAUGAAAAAGUAUAGUGUCGCUUGUGGUGACUUUAUCUAUGCGUCUUUCCUGCGAUUGAACAAAAUUAAAGAACCUAUCAAAAUGCAUAAAUAAUUAAGAUUAUAACAUAACAAUCUGCUACUUCUAUUAUUGCGGUGCAGUGUAAGCACAUUAAAUAUUAAGUAUCUUCAAAUUCUCUCUUUGUUUUAGACUCGAAGCCCCUUAGCAGCUUGCUGGAAAUUAGGCCAUUACUUGAGAAAAUAUGUAACCGUCUGGACUCAAGUAGGCCGGGUGUUGGUGACUAUCGCGAUGUUUGUUCCCACUAUGGUAUCGACAGUUUUCAAGUGACCGCAGUUUACGAAAAGCACACUGACGGACCGUCAAAAGCCCUCUUGGAACACUUAGCAGCUUCACACGAACAGCUAACAGUUGCCGAGUUUGAAAGUGUGUUGAGAAAAAUUGCCGGGAGAAGUGACAUUGCCAAGCUUUUAGAAGAAUAUGAUAAUCAGUAAAAAACAUUUUAAAGAGGUCAGCGUUGUUUUGAAGUAGUUUUCAUAGAAUUUUGAAGUGAGUAAAAUUCUUAAAAAGAAACGUCAAUUGAUAGCACGUUCGUCACAAAAAAUAAUUCCAUAGUGUAGUAAAUUUGGUAUAAAGAGUUUAAACCGACUUUGUUUUGAUGCGUUUGCUUUAAUUAAACAAGUGCCUCGAGAGGUAAAGAGGGCAUCCUACUUUGUAAACAGGAGUUAUAAAUGCCUUGUUCUAUGUUUUUUUUUUUAAUACCAAAUUAAUUCUAUAUUCUUUUCUAGGUCUCGUAUUGCACUGAUUUAAUCAGUUUUCAAAUGGUCAUUUUGCUCCAAAUAAAAUGUUAUUAUGGGAAUUUCAGUUUUAGGCAUUAUAUAUAGUCACUGUUAGUGCGCACGGCAUCUACUUUGUAAACGUUUAGGACAGCAGUUAUAUUCAUUUGAUCAUGGUAGUCUUGCCACAGGCAGACCAAACUCGUGUUAUAUACCAUCGUUUGCCGGCAUCUUUUGGCCAGCUCUUUGCGCCUUUGAUUUUAAUAAUUUCUAACGAAUACAAGAAUGGUACAAAGAUAAAUAGAAGUCAUAACAAUAAAUUAGAGAGGUCAAUAAAUUAUUGAGGUUACUUAGAUUAUCAUCUACAUCCGUCAAGAGAUUGAGAUGGCGUAUUCAGCACCAAGGUAUACCAUGCAGUUGGUCAGUCCUUGGUGUUUAAUUCAUACUGAUAUUCCCAAGUAUCAGCUCUUUAUACGUCAUAAGUAUUAAAUUUUUCUUUGGUUUUUUUAUUUGUUUGUUUGUUAUUAAAAUAAAUUUUGACCACUUCUGAUGUCGAACACAUAUGCAAAUCAGUUUGAAAUAUAUAGAGGGGUUAAGUUUCUAAAGGAACUGUGGUGCUGCGUCGGUGAAAGAGUAUAACAGGGUAAUUUAAUAUUAUUAGCUGAGUUUAUAACAUAAUUUGGCCAC